ACCAUCCAGCCAUGUCGCAGGCCAAGGAGAACAGCCAUGGCUCACAGCGGACAGACCACCAGUCAGCGAAGCGAGGUCCAGCGCCGCUCGUCAAGUACUACCUGGUCGCGUACAACGUCCUCUCGACCCUCGGCUGGGGCUACGUCCUCGUCGCGACCCUCGCCCACCUCGCGGGCCUCGACGCGUCCUCCGAUGCCCAGGCGAGCUUUCUCCCCGCCGCCUUCACGCGGUACCUCCCCAUCAUCCCCCGACUGAGCGGUGCACGUCACCGCCUCGAAAAGAGCGUUCCACUCGCGCUCGUCCCGCUAGUGCGCCGCGCGUGCACGACCUAUGCCGCGGUUGGCUACCAAACGUCGGUGGUGCAGAGCUUCGCGGUGCUGGAGGUGCUACAUGCGCUCCUGGGGUGGGUGCGCAGCCCAGUCGGGACGACGGCGGCGCAGGUGGCUAGUCGGCUCUACUUGGUAUGGGGCAUCACCGCGCAGUUCGAGGAGACACGCACGCACCCCCUGUACGCGAGCAUGGUCCUCUCGUGGUCCCUCACCGAGGUCGUGCGCUACAGCUUCUACGCGUGCUCCCUCCUCGGAAUCGAGUCCAAGCCACUGCUCUGGCUGCGCUACACGCUCUUCUACGUCCUCUACAUCACGGGUGCGGGCUCCGAGGCCGGUCUCAUCUACGCGUCUCUCCCGUCCCCGCCGCCAACCAUUCCCUUCCUCUCGUCGGAGUGGUACGGGUGGAUACUCCCGCUGUCCUGGCCGCUUUCGACCCCGCGGUGGCUCGAGGCGCUGCAUGACGACAUUAGGUGCUUCAUGUUCUUGCUUUGGUGGCCAUCGCUCUAUGUUCUCUACACGUAUAUGAUGAGACAGCGGAGGAAGGUGCUUGGGACUGGGCGAGGGCGGACUCUCGGAAAGAAGCCAAAGACUCUCUGAACCCGGUUGGAUGCCUCCUCUCACAUGCAUGACGGUCUACGAUGUUCUGCCUACUGACUACAAAAAUAAUCUGAUGAACGGCGUCUCAGCACAAAAGCACCCGUCACGACAGAACGAUCACGGCGGGUCUUUGUUGUUCACACUCAGCGCGAAGCCAAUCCGGUUGCCCGGAUAGUCGUAUAUCGAGUACCCUAUGCGAACUCAUCUCCUAUUUCCAGCCAUACCUCGUUCACAUACGCCUCGACAAAGAUAGAGCGAACAACACUCACCGAUGAUCGCAAGGUUAUCUGGGAAACCCUGUCCGAGCGCGAGGAUGCCGCCCACACAGUCCCUGUACGCCGGGCCGCCGGCACGCUCGUUCAGUCAAG